AUGGAGUCCUGGAUGGAAAUAGCACAUGACGAUCAAAAGCUCAAACAAAUCAAAGGAAUUUGGCUGGGCAAGGAGGAAUCUGGAUCUGGGUAUGAAGUUGAUGAGAAGCAAUUACAUUCUUUGAAAAACUCGUUGAGAGUUCUUUGUUUGGAAAGCCAGAUAAAAAUAUCAGGAUCAAGCCAAAAAACAGCUAAAUUCAAGGAACUUAGAUUCCUCCGUUUGGGUGGUGACAUUUCUGCUUUAUGGCCAGCGAAUUUGGAGUCGCUUGACCGAUUGACUAUGUUCCAUGGCCCUGUCUAUAAGGAUUGUGUCACUUUAUAUCAGCUGCCCAAGAACCUACGGGUGAUGAGAGCCACUGCACAGUCUCACUUCGAGGGAUCCAAACCCGGAAAAAUUAUUCCAAAUUCUUCUUUAGAAGAAUUGGAUUUAAGAAAAUUGAGAAGUCUCCAGAAGUUUCCGGAAAAGCUGGAUCACCUAACUGCCCUGAAGGUCUUGAUACUAGAUAAGUGGGACAAAAUGCAAGAGCUGCCUGAUCAGGUAUGUGGGCUGCGUUCAUUAAAAAGACUGAGCAUUUCUGGUGGAAAUUCCUUGAGAAAUCUGCCAAAAUUGUUUCCCCAGUUAAGUUCGCUACAGGAGUUGAUGUUAACAAGGUGUAAGCAAUUGGAAGAAUUGCCCUCGACUUUUGGAGAUCUGGGUUCUCUGAAACAGUUGAAUUUGGCAGAGUGUAGUAACUUAAAAGAAUUGCCCUUGAUCUUUGGGAAAUUAAGCUCCUUGGAGGUCUUAAAUUUGGAUAGCUGCCCUAAAUUAGAAAACUUCCCUUCCAGCUUUUGGGAACUCAGGUCUUUAACAGAAUUGAGAUGUAGCUGUUUGGAACUGAAAGAAUUGCCUCCAAACAUUGAAAAGCUUAUUUCUUACUUUUAGAUUUAAGUUAUUGCACGAAAUUGAAAAGCUUGCCUUCCGGUGUAGCAAAACUCCGCUCACUCAAAGUAUUGAAUCUGUUAGCUUGCUGUUACUUAGAAGAAGUGCCUUCCAACAUUGGGGAACAUUCAUCACUAAAAAAUAUAGAUUUAAGAGGAUGUCGCAAAUUGAGAGAAUGUCCCGCUGCUCUUAGACGAACGAAACAAGGACUGAUCGUUUGGCUGCCGGACCACCUAAUGGACUAGUCCAAUCACUUUGUAUACCUUCAAUCUCUAUCAUGUGCAUGUAAAUAUGUAAGCCCGUCUUUUCAUAGUGCAGAGAAUGAUAUACGAGUCCGUGUACACUACAUUAUAAUUCACAUUUGUAAGGUGUAAAAGUUCUGAAUAGAUUUGUAGCGUAAAAGUUGAUGUAGAGUA